GUUCUCGACAUAAACAAGUUCAGCAGCCAAUAUGAACAGAAAUCGAGGCAACUUUAGCUUUCAGAUGCGUCGUAAUCAUCGUCCUGUGCAGCAGAAUCAACAAAAUCAGAAGGAUCAAACUCGUAGUUAUUCGCUUAAUGCUGUUCCUCCACCAAGUUCACUAUGCGGUAGAUCAACUGGUGUACCACCGCCCAAGUCUUAUAAUCAAGGAUCUGGCAUAUCUAAACAUGGUUACCACACGAUAGAAUCCAUGCACCAGUAUUCCAAUGCAUCUCAAUAUUCUGUUGGAAAACGUCGCGGACGAACCGAAGACGAAUAUUUUGAUGAAGAUGAUGAACAAUCUGGACAACCGUUGGAAUAUAUACCUGCACCUGGCUCUCCAACCGCAACUGACGACGAAAAGAAAGACUCAUCAAAUGACGAGGACGAAGAAGAUCCCUUGGAUGCAUUUAUGGCUGGCAUCGAAGAACAGGUAAAGAUGGAGAAUAAAAAAAUUCCUCAGCCUAGCGUUGAUCCGAAAAAAGGUACUCGCGGAGACAUUGAUGAUGAAGAUGACGAGGAGAGUUAUUAUCGAUAUAUGCAAGAAAAUCCACACGCAGGAGUAAUUGAUGAAGGGUCCGAUGCAGAACUGGAGUACGACGAGGAUGGCAAUCCGAUACCUCCACCAAGACGGCGUGACAUCGAUCCACUACCCGCUAUCGAUCACUCGGACAUAAGCUAUGCGAAGUUUGAAAAAAAUUUCUACAUUCCUCAUGAGGACAUCGUAUCACUAACUCAAGCGAAAGUGCAAGAUCUUCGUCAAACAAUCGGUGUUAAAGUUAGUGGACCUCUGCCUCCUCAUCCGGUUACAAGUUUCGCGCAUUUUGGGUUCGAUGAAUCUUUGAUGAAAUCAAUACGCAAAUCAGAUUACACCCAGCCAACACCGAUCCAAGCACAAGCUAUUCCUGCAGCGCUUAGUGGACGUGAUAUUAUAGGUAUAGCUAAAACCGGUAGCGGAAAAACAGCUGCCUUCCUUUGGCCGAUGUUAGUUCAUAUCAUGGACCAAUCAGAACUGGGUUCAGGUGAUGGUCCUAUUGGGCUAAUUUUGGCACCGACGCGAGAACUUUCGCUCCAAAUCUAUACUGAAGCAAAAAAAUUCGGCAAAGUAUACAACAUAAGCGUUUGUUGCUGCUAUGGCGGUGGUUCGAAGUGGGAGCAGAGCAAGGCGCUCGAACAGGGUGCUGAAAUUGUAGUGGCUACACCUGGGCGCAUGAUUGAUAUGGUGAAAAUGAAAGCAACAAACCUGCAACGUGUUACAUAUCUGGUAUUGGACGAAGCGGAUAAAAUGUUCAACAUGGGAUUUGAACCACAGGUCCGUUCGAUUUGCAAUCACAUUCGUCCUGAUCGGCAGACUCUAUUGUUUAGUGCUACAUUUAAGAAGCGAGUGGAAAAGCUUGCUCGUGACGUUUUAACAGAUCCAGUGCGCAUCAUACAUGGCGAUUUAGGAGAAGCCAAUGCAGAUGUAACUCAACGUAUUAUAUUGUUGCCAAAUGUCCAGGCCAAAUGGAAUUGGUUGCUAUCAAACCUCGUGCAGAUUCUUUCGGAAGGAAGUGUACUGGUGUUCGUAACGAAAAAGGCUGAUGCCGAACAAGUAGCUACCAGUCUACGACUUAAAGAAAACGACGUCGUCUUGUUGCACGGCGAUAUGGAUCAAUCAGAGAGGAAUUCAGUAAUCACUCGAUUUAAACGAAAGGAUGUUGAUAUUAUGGUAGCCACAGACGUAGCUGCCCGUGGUCUUGAUAUACCUCAUAUACGCACUGUGAUUAAUUACGACAUUGCUCGGGAUAUCGAUACCCACACACAUCGUAUUGGUCGAACCGGCCGUGCUGGAGAAAAGGGCACAGCAUAUACAUUGAUUACAGAAAAAGACAAGGAAUUUUCUGGACAUUUGGUACGUAAUCUUGAAGGUGCGAAUCAAGAAGUACCUGAGGAUCUCAUGAAACUAGCAAUGCAAAGCUCUUGGUUCCGAAACAGUCGCUUUAAACAAACCAACAAAGGUAAGAAUUUGAACGUUGGUGGGGCGGGAUUAGGUUUUCGUCAGCGAACAAUCCAUCGCGGUCCAAUGAGCAGAUCUUCAGAUACCUCGUGUAAUCCUGGGACAGAUGGUGAAUUAGGACCGGCUCCAGGGUCGUCUAAAGGUCCGGCAACUGAUCGAUUAUCUGCUAUGCGGGAAACUUUCCGAUCCCAUUACAACGCACAGUUUAAAGCAUCCAGUGAUCGAACUUGGGAAAACACUGUACCAGAAGGCGGUGUGUUUGUAAAACCAACUUUACCCGGCCUAGAAACGGUGUGUGGGGUAGAUUCUCACGAACAACCACAAUUCGACGUCGAUAGCAUUGAUUCUGUUCCACGAAAGAAAAAGAGCAGGUGGAAUUAGGGUUAAGAUAAUAAGAUACAAAAACAUCAGUAUG